AUGCUUGUCUUUUUCAUCACUACUUUACUUCUCCUUCACGCCUGCCAGUCAGCCGGAAUUAAGCCUCGUCAGCGCUAUAAGUACGGCGAUACUGGUUGGCCCGAUGAGCAGACAUGGCUCGAUUUCAACUCAACAAUCUCUGGUCGCCUCAUGCGCACAUUUCCUUCUGCAGCAGUCUGUCAUAAUGCCCAAUUUGACGCUGCGCUGUGCAUGGAGGCCAAAAAAGAAUGGGAGAGCAGCUUCUGGCGCACCAAUCAGACCGGUGCAUACACGGCCAUUGUGUGGGAGCUCGGGGCUGAUCAAUGCUUCAUCAACUCUUCACGAAGCGAAGCUUGUGAUCAAGGACUAGGUUGGCAUGAACGUGACCGAUAUUUCAUUCGCGUGCUAAGCAUAGACCCAGUACCACACUACUCAGUGGCUGCACAAUCUAUCGAUGACAUUCAAGCUGCUGUUACAUUCGCAAAUGAAAUGGACUUGUACCUCGUUGUGAAGAAUACUGGACAUGACCACCUUGGGCGCUCAAGCGGCUAUGGAGCGUUCUCCAUCUGGACUCACAACCUCAAAGGCAGGGAGUGGACUGAAAAUUUCGUUAUGGAGGGUGCACCCCCUGGCACAGAGGGUGUUCCAGCAGUGACCCUUCAAGCUGGAGAGCAGUGGAUCGAUGUUUACGAAGCUGCGGCUCGUCAGAACGUAAUCGUUGUUGGCGGACAUGCUCGGACUGUUGGCGCAGCAGGAGGAUGGCUUACAGGUGGAGGGCACUCUGCAUGGUCAAACCUCUAUGGCCUCGGGGUAGACAAUGUGCUGCAGAUUAGCGUUGUGGACUCACAGGGAAAUCAUAAAAUACUCAACCAAUACACGGACCCUGACUAUUUCUGGGCUAUCAGAGGUGGAGGUGGGAGCGCUUGGGGGGUCAUUACUUCUGUAACUUACAGGACACAUCCGGAGCCCCCGACUGGCAUUCAGGUCGCACUUGUUCAGAUAAAUGCAACUACCCAAUCCAGUGUUCGCCCAAUUCUGGAGAAGUCAUUGGGAGCGAUUGUGAAUAUUACCGAUGCCGGGUAUACAGGCUACGCGCUUCUAGCUGGUGGUUUCAGCGCCAUUCUACUACGACCGGGAGGUACCAAUGACGAAUUGGAACGUGGCAUGAGUGGAUUCCACGAGGUGUCUCAGAUCCCCGGCGCCAGUGCUGCAUUCUUCAAUUUUACAUAUCCACGAUGGAUCAACUACACCAACGACUUCCUAUCCGAUCCCAAUAUUGCACAAAAUGUCAUGGACUCCUCAAGACUCUUGACACCAGACAUAGCGUUCAACAAGGCUGAUCAGGUUGUCGAUCUAAUCUUCGAGGUUGGUUUGGAGAACGCUCCGAGUUUUAAUUUUAUCGGUCAUGUCAACUCCGACGGACGUGAGAACACUUCUGUACACCCCGCAUGGAAGGACGGUCGAGGUGUUCUCAGCUUUGGCGUCAACUGGAAUGAUACAGCGUCAGAGAGCGAGAAGAAGGCGUUGAAAGAGCAACUCGUGCAGAUCAGCAAGCGAUGGGAUGAGAUUGCAGGUCCGGAAGGAGGUACAUAUGUCAACGAAGCGAACCCAUAUGAACCUAACUGGCAGGAAGUCUUCUGGGGCUCCAAUUAUGAGCGGCUUCUCAAGAUCAAGCGAGCGAUUGAUCCCAGUAAUCUAUUCGUCUGCAAUCGGCAAGAUUUCCGAGAAGCUGUGGCUCGCAUCUCUUCUCUGGAGAAAUUUCCUCGAAUCCAGCAGCGAUACAUCAAUCAACUCGUUGGCAUGGGCGCCCACGCCUCCAAGAUUGAUGAUGGGCUUGCAAGUCUUGGUGAAGACAUGAACAUUUUCCACCCAUCAUCUCCAUCUUCUGAAUUUCCCACACCAUCUACUCAACAAACCAUGGAGAACAGAGCAACCGUCCAAAGCCAGUCUAAAGGCCGCCGCUUGCCUCCUGUCGAAAGCCAUCAAGCAGUCGGUGCUAAGAUAGCUAGAGUCGCAAAAUGGGAUGUCGCAGAUGGCACAGACGAUCUUUGGAUAUCUGCUCCUUCUCAGAAUCACCAUAUACGGGGGGCUCCGACUCCUCAAGCAGCAGGCGUGACACAACUGAGUGGGAUAAAUAAUCCCCCGAGAGUGAAUGAUAUACCAAAUCUAAAGAGGUAUAGACCUCUACCAAGCUUGAACUUGCAACUGAGAAAGAAACCAAGACUCCAGCCUACACAGCAAGCGACACAGAUCGCCACUAAACAAUCAGGAGCUUACCAAGGAUUUGCUACUCUGCCAGGAUGGGAGUCUCAUCAAGAAGAAGGAAUCCAGAGUUCGAUAGAAGACGAGGGCUAUGAUACAUUCACUGUGUCGCCCACGAAUACUACUGAGGGCUCGACUGCGCCUACUAUUGAUGAGGAAACAGAAUUUGACCUAGUCAAAUCGCUCGCAAAUCUACAACAAUCCACCAUCAUAUCAACACCGGCUAUUCAGACAAUUCAAGAUCAAAGACUUGAUAUCGAAGAAUGUCUUGAGGCUGUGGAGUUGCUCAAGGCCCAGGAAGAACAGGCGGGAGCCGAAAGGAGCAGAAUUUUACGAGAACGUGCUUUGAUGCGUCAACGAGAGCCUCCCACGCCAUCACAAGAAUCUGAAAAUCUCUAUGAUUUAUCUGCAGAGUUGAGAGAUGAACUAGAUAAUGGGGAAGAGUUCUCUGGGGGAACAUUCGAGGACUUCGAUGCAAAGUUCCAUCAGCCAUACUCAGGAGUUCGAGAUCCAAGCUAUACACUAUCCCCCGAACCGCCUGGAGAUUCCGAUGCCAAAUUUCAUCACCACAGCCUCACAGGAGUAUUGAUCACGCAAGCGAGCUCGUCACAGUCACGCCCAGCUAUGGACAGCAGCUCUGAUGUCCUAUGUCCUGGAGCAUUGACCGACUCUAAGGCAAUACUUCAUCAAUCAUCUCCAAACUUCGGAAAUCAGGAUCGUGAGAAUAUCUCGGAUGACGAGGAAGCUUCUGCUUUCGAGCUUCGCGAGAUCGCCAUACAGGAGAGUGCUGCAGAAUCGUCCUGUCUGAUUCUACCCAGACAACGUACGCGAGACCCUAUCAUUCCAGUUCGUGAGCUGAAUCCUACGUCAAGAACAGCUGCUGAGAAGUUCCGCACUCAAGAUCGCCACAUCAGUCACAACAAUGAGGGUAUUCGAAGACAACGUAUCCUGUCAACUUCCCUUCAAGAGCGAGAAGAGAGGCUUCGAAGGGCCAAAAGCUCGGACAGUACGAUUCAUCAUACGCAACAUACCCACGGAAAUGUAUCUCGGUAUAAUUCGCCUUCUCCCACAACCUCGUUGCACCACCAGAUCCGUUCAAACACUGAAGAAAAGCCUCAUAAUACUCCAAGUCAAACAACCUCAUAUCGUCCAUCGGGUCUAGAACUACUCGCAUUGAAGAAUGGCCGUAACAGCUUUUGGGACCAAUCCGAUCAUAGAGGUGCUUCUAAAGUUCCCAGUGCUCCUAUAAUCGCCCAAUCAUUUGAACAUUCUGAUGAUGACGAAAAAUCAACCUACUGGUCAAGGUCAAGAUCAAGAUCGCACUCGGCGCCUCCCAAGUUCGAGAAAAGUCUUGUUCUUCCUAAAAACUUCCAUACCCUAACAGAAGAAAAUCAAUCGAUCAUUGUCCAGCACGAGACUGCGAAAGAGAGGAGGCGAGAUCUUGAAGUUAUUGAUCGAGCAACCAAGAAGAUCGCCAAUCUACGCUGUGUUGGAAGUUUUUCACUGCGAGAAGAAAAUGAAAUCGCAGAAGUUCUACGCUUUAUGAGACUCGUUCUACGGGAGAAUAAAUAUGGGAAACUUGCACGGAAGAGAAUCCAAGAUAUCCGCGCUAAUAUGGAAAAUAGAGCUCAAGGUUUCGAAGCAAAUCAGGACGAAGUCGAACAAUGGUACUAUGGCUUAUUUGACAGAAAGGACCUUGCGAAACUCAAGCAGGGCCUAUCGGAUAUUGAAGGCGAGAUUUCCAAGCUGGGAGAGAUACGUAACGAGUUGUCAGCGAAACGACAUCGAAGCCACAAGAAAAAGACAGUAUCCUUUGACCUUCCACAGUCGUCAUCACAAACUCCAGCCCCAACCUCAACCCGGCGCGCAUCAAGGAUGAACAGACGCACCAAUUCGCGUAAUGCCACUGAAAACCGCCGGAAUGCACAGUAUGCCCAUCAGGACAGACAGAUAGAGCUAUUGCGGGCAAGAUUGGGGCAGUUUAAUACUGGUCUCUCGGAAGAGGAAGAUCAGUUUCUGGAAGUCGAGUCCGGUGCGGUCUCUGGGCCCGGAAAUGAAUCUGAUAACGAGUCUGUUACCAGCGAAGACAUCACUGGUGUCGAAUUCUAUCAUGGUCUCACACAGAAGGACAAUAUAAGUCCUCAGUCUCAUGUACGGCACGAUUCAAAAAACCAAUGCGAUCCAGAAUCACUCCCACGAACACCUUCAUUCGUGCAGGCACCAGAUCUUCAGCUCCUUGAGCAGAUGCGGGCAAAGCACAACUUCGUUGCUACUGAAUCCGGCACUGAAGCGGAGGCUUCAGACUCCCGAGAGGACGAUAUGGGCAUCAUUUCUGCUGCUGAAGAGUCACAAACUGAAGAUGAAGAUGAAGAUGAGGUAGUUGACGACGAGGAAACUAGCAGCGACGACGACAAUGAAGUUCCUGAACAUUAUUACAAAUACACUAUUUGGGGUGAAUUUUAUGGCGUUCAGGAUUACAGAGAAGAUUAUCAGUAUCGUCUCAAAUCUACUUACGAUCGGCAAAUCGCCGAGCAAGAACUUGCAUCCAUCGUCAACAGUUUUAAGCAGAAAUAUGCCAAUAUGGGAAUCGGACUUGACCAGUGGUCGUUCUCUCACAAGGUCAAUAACGGCACCGUUGAGCAGAGUCUAGAUCUAGGUCCUGACAUGGCAAUUGGUAUGCGCUUUUCGAUCGUUAGGGAGCACAUGAGCAAGGGUGAGAAAGUGUACCGUCGAGCCAAGUUCAAGGGUGUCGUGGUGAGAGACUCGGUCUAUGUUAUGGACUGGACACAUGUCACAACACCCAUACCGGAGGGAGUGGACCCAGGAGAAUUUGAGGAUCGAACACAACAAGACACAGAUCAGCUGCAGGGCGAAGACGACGGCGAGGGCGAGGAGGAGGAGAAUGACUUAUUUGGCCCAGAGUCCCACAAGUCUCCAGGGCCACCAUCAAUGCCAGAAUCCAUUGCAGCCAGAUCCAUCACAGCAGCCUGUCCAGGGUCAGAGUUGAAACACUUCAACGAUCUCGCCACGGCUAAUCGUGAAGCUUCAAGGCAAUACCUGGAUUGGCACUACCAGUUCCUUCCCGGUCUGGAAAACGAAGGCUACCGACGUCAGGAGUUUGACCUCACCGAAGAGACGCUAAAGCGAUUAGCCGACGUAGGUCACUACGAUAGAACAGGAAGCUUUUAUCGGGAGAUGGAGCUUGACGUGGAAGAAGGGGAUGAGUUUCAAGAUCUCAUGGACGGACACGGCGAUGGGGGAGAAACAAACAUGAACCACAGCAACGGCACAGGAAGAUCCAACGACAUCACCGCCCCACGGACGCAGAAAGUCCACGAGUGGUUCAGAGUCUGGGUGAGGAAAGCACAGGUCUAUGGACCAGGGAAUUGA